AUGGCUUUUUUACCAGAGAAGCACAAAUCCCUUUUCCCCAUCCUUCCCCUCCUCCUCCUCUUCUAUGUCCCUCUCACAUGUCUAUGCCAGUCAACUAACAGCAGCUCAAUCAAUGCCACAACCAACCCCCCACCCACUUCCUCAAAUGGUACUUCCCUGAAGGGAGUGCCAGGCUGCGCCACAGAUCUGAACCCCAUCUACAGGUACCUGUGUGACCGCCGGGCAGCGUGGGGUAUCGUUGUGGAGACCCUGGCCACGUCGGGCUUCCUGUUCAGCAUUGGUCUCCUCCUAGCCCUGCUGCUCUGGUCCCUGUGUAUCUGUAUCUCAUCGAGGAACCAGCGCAGCAGCAUCGGAGCCACCGUGGCCUGCAUGUCCAUGUACCUGUUGGCCACAGCUGGGAUCUUUGCCAUCGCCUUCUCCUUCAUCAUCCGCCUCACCCCUCAGACGUGCCCCACCAGGGUCUUCCUCUUCAGCGUGCUCUUCUCCCUGGCUUUCUCCUGCCUGCUGGCCCGCUGCCUGGCUCUGCUGGGCUACGCAGCGGCCCGGGGCUGGGGGGAGCCUGCUCUGGCGCUGGGGCUCUCCACCGUGCAGGUCAUCAUCUCUACCCAGUGGCUGAUCGUAGUGUUGGUCCGGGACAAUAAACCAUGCGGGUACAGCCAGGAGGAAUUUGUCAUGCUGCAGAUCUACGUGCUGUGCCUCCUGGCUAUCGGCCUGAUCUUCGCCCUUCACUUCCUGCACCGCUCCUGCUUCACGUACAGCUACAGCUACACGGGGGCCCUCCGCCAGCAGAGCCAAACACAGGCCGCGCUGCUCUUCAUCACGCUGCUGCUCUCCGCCUGCGUCUGGGUGGUGUGGAUCACCAUGCUCAUCAGGGGGAACCCGGAGGUGGGCCACCGGCCGCAGUGGGAUGACCCGGUGCUCAGCAUCGCCUUGGUGGCAAACGGCUGGGUGUUACUGAUGGGGCACGGGUUGGCCCAGAUUGCCUUCUUCUGCAGGGGGGAGGCCAGGUCCAAGGAUGUCCCUCUGAGCUUUGCAGGCUGGACCAGCCCCAGCGCUGAUAUACCAGGACUGGCCGGCCCGAAGGAAGGGAAAGAAAACGGAAGCUAUGAGAGCGAUAGUGAGAACAGGAGAGGCAGGAGGACAGAGAAAUCGCUGCGAUCGCCCUACGAGUCUGGAUUCGCCGUGACAAACAUCGACCAUAACAAAGAUUACACCAUUCCUCGGCCGCAGACCACCAACUACACGGAACCCUAUGAGGAUUACUGA